ACAUGCGGCCACACGGACAAGUCUGCGCCCUCGCAUAGUCGAGCAGCACCUCCUCGAAGCGCUGCGUGGCCGUGCGCCACUGCGUCAGGUGCGCCACGCGGCUCGACACGCUGAACGAGAGAUGGAGCCGGCCCCCGAGCGCAUAGGCGUAGCAGAAGAGGAGGCCGUUGCGGUGCGAGCGCACCUUGAAGUCGGCAUCUGCCUCGACCUCGGUCGGAAGCACGUCCUUGUCGUCGUCUUCCCCUUCACCACCCUUUUCACGCCGCACAAACGCAUCCAUGUCGCCCAGCGAGCUCAUCGACGGCACCGUGUGGCUCGGCGGCGGCAGGAGGCCCAGCUCGGUGGCCAGGAUAGCCUUGCUCAGCGGCCGAAACUGGUCCUGGUAGGCGGUGCGCGACAGCCAGUCGGCCCGCGCGCCACCGCGUCCCUCGUCGUACUCGUCCAGGCUCCUCUUGACGUCGCGGCAGAGCAUCUCGACGACGGCGUGCCUGCUGGCACCCGCUUCCAGGGCUCCGUACGCCGCGCCGAUAUCGCUCUGCACGAUGCCAAACAUAAAGCCCGCGGCACUGCUUGCCUCGAGGCCGGCCCGCUGGGGCGACAGCUGCUUGAGCAUCGAGAUCUGAAGCGCGUACAGCACCACAAGCUCAGUCCCACGUGUGAAAGCCCUCUAGACGUGGAUAACGGAGGCUGCUUACCGUCGCAACUGCAUCGUGCCAGACGAAGCUGCUCUCGCGGCUCUUGCCGCUGCCGUCGCUGCCACUGCGGCCAGGCGUGGGGAUGCCCUGCGGCACGUCGACGCCAGCCUCGCCACCGUCGGCCCGAGCUAGCUCGAGGAGUGCGACGAGGACAGCGGCAUGCAGGCACGGCGUGAUCGUCAGGCCCUUGGCGCGCAGCUUGCUCCUCAGCCUCUGCGUGUCCUCGGCCGAGAGGGUAACGGCCUCGUAGCGAUUGUCCUGCGCCUCGUACUGGCCCUCGCCGAAGCGCAUCGCCACGGGCGGCUUGGUGAACUGCCCAUUAUGUGUGUCAGAGCUCUGAUCAGGAUACCGAUGUGGCGUCAGCGAGCCGCCAGAACCUGCCCUCACCUCGCCAAACGAGCGCUGGACCUCGGCCACGAGAGCAGCGUC